AUGGCGGAGCUGUUUCAGGUCUCUUUGUCCGAACGUCGCCAGUUGUCUUCGGAUAUGCAACGCAAUCGUGCACCCUCCACCGAUGCAACAGGCUCGUCCAUCAAACCUAUAAAUCAAACCGUCCCAACCGCUACCACGUCUGUUACUGCAACUGAUUCUGUCAACUCUGCGGAUGGUCAUGAUCGAUCGAAACAGGUUUCUGAGAAUUUACCAACCGGAUUCUCUUUAAGCGAUAUUCCGUUACCUGAAGAGUCAUCGAGUGAGCCACGAACACACGUAUCCACUUCUUGUUCCGAAAAUGUGGAGGUUCCACCAAAUGGAGAAAACGGUGAAGAAGAGUUUGAAGUCUUGGAUGAAUAUGAGGAGACAGGUGAUGCAAAAAACACGUUCACUUCGACCAUUACUGCUCCAUUGACUUAUCCAACACCAGUUACUACUACUGCCGGUACUGCUGAUUAUGUGCCCAUGCCGGUCGUCGCGUACAGCAUGAUGCAACCACAGUUUAUACCGGCGCCAAGCUUUUCCGCUGUGCCAGCGGUUGUACCCGAUACAGUCUCGGCUUCACCAUCCACCUCCAUUAGCGGUUUUGUAAAUUCCACUACUGCAAUACCUCCUUACCCCACUCCAUACGCUAUCCCUUAUGGUUAUGGUUGCUUGCCAAGUUCGUCUUUCACUCAGGUCAUUCAGGCACCUCCUCCACCGGCGCCAUACACACCACUUACAGGUGCUGUUACCUGUACUGCCUCGAUUUCCUCAUCUUACACGCUUCCCGUCGAAGCAACUCCCCCACAGUCUACGUCCAAGGCCUAUGUUCCACAUGCAUUGCAUCCACCGACGGAUCCACCUCCACCCUAUCGACCUUACAUUCCCACGCGGUGUGAAACCGAGCAACAGUCCACUGUUGAACCUUCUUCCGUCCUGUCCCCCCGAACAUCGCGUGACAUUAGAUCGGAUAGCAGCUCGUCUCGUCAUUCCGGAUCUUCUUCCCGACGAGCGCCUAUCCAAUCGCCCUCCUCACCAGUGCGUCGAUCUAUUACAAGUUCCACAGCUUCACGUCCAGAGUCCGAGAGACAUUCACGUGGUAGUCGCCGCAACCCAGAUAAACAGUUCCGCUCACCACCACACCGUGCACGUAGUCCACAUGCUCUCCCACAUCCACUCGAGCAUUAUCAGCGUUGUCUCGUUACAGCUCUUAGUUCGGAUGAAGAUCGCCCCGGUGAAUCUUCUGAACCAGUGUGGUCCGAUGAUAUUGUGCUCAAACAAGCGUCACAUGUUGCACGUGUAAACACUGAUGAUUUGCUACAUCGUCCAGAUUCUGAGGAUUUAGACGCACGAAUCGCUCGAUUGAUCGGAACGGCAGCUCGUACAAACCCACUGCCCAAACAGCCCAAUAGCACUGCGGUCUUGUCAGAAAUUCGAAAGCCAAGUAAUCCUCUGGGUUCUCCUCCUCCUCCACCCCCACCACCACCUACAUCCCAACGUAUUUUGUUUACACAUCGACCACCUCCAAAUUCUUCCCUCCGAUCGUCUUAUCCCAUACCCCAACGACAUCCGAAUAAUUCUGUGUACAGUUCCGGUUCGAAAGAACGCAUGCACACUUCUAGCGCUCGACGCUCUAUUCCGCCACACACCCCCGAUUCUCCACCAGUUCGUCGAACCUCAGACGUCGAUCAUCGCCUAAACCUGCUUGGUGCGGUUCGUACUGAUCGAAACGAGGCUCACCUGAGCAGUAAUUUCAGAAAACCACAUGUUUCACGUCCUUCUGAUGACGCUAACGUUCUUGGCUCAUCUAUACCACCGAUUCGUAAUACUACCACAGAUUAUGUGGACCGCCCCACAGAGCCAGCCCGUACCCCAAGCGGAUCAAAGGGUCUAAAUGUGUCCGGAUUCGAUACGAACGUCCCCUCGCAUCAGGACGCAUCUUCAUCCACCAGGUCAUCUAGGUCCAAUCGAGACGAAGAUCGCGAAAUCUACUCAAUGCUUGGGGUCUGA